UGUGUCAGGUGACUGCUGAUUAUGCAUGAUUAGCUGGAAGUAGCUUGAAAGGUUGUGGAGUGUAUUGGGAAAUAUCAUGAAGAUAUCAAUCAAUCUUUUUUACGUCUUAAAUGGGUUGUACUGCAUCAGUAAAGAAAAGUGAUUCCAGUAGACAAAGUAAUAUUAAAGCUUUGAAAGCGGCAAUUUUGAUACAGACGUGGUUCCGUCGACAUCAAGCAAGAUUGGAGGCUCGCAGAAGAUGCUCAUGGAAAAUUUUUCAAGCUUUAGAGUACUCAGGAGAAACGGAUCAUGUGAAGCUCUGCAAAUUUUUUAAUGAAAUUUUAUCAAAACAGGCCGCUUCUAAUUCACCAGCUCAGGAUAUCACAGAUGAAGAACGGCUACUGCAUAUUUAUGCCGAUCCAGAGGAAAUAGAAAUAGAUGAGAGUUAUUCUGGGCUUGAGAUAAAUUUCCCACUGGAUUUGGACAGUGUACUUAACCUCAUUUGUUACUUUCAGGAGGGGAAGGUUCUCCAUGUGAAAUAUGCGUUACUAAUUUUGCACGAAGUGAGAAAUAAACUUCGAAAUUUUCCAAAUAUUAGAAGGACAACAACUUCGAUCGCUAAACAAAUGACCAUUUGUGGCGAUCUUCAUGGCAGCUAUGAUGAUCUAAUGAUCAUUUUUGAAAAGAACAGUGCUCCUUCAUGUGACAAUCCCUACAUAUUCAAUGGAGACCUGGUUGACCGUGGUCCAUCCUCUAUUGAAGUUCUUCUUGUUAUUUUUGCGUUUUUUCUUCUCUACCCUAAUCAUGUAUUUAUAAACAGAGGCAAUCAUGAGGAUCACGUGAUGAACUCAAGGUAUGGGUUCUCUAAGGAAGUGAUCAAAAAGUACAAAGAUCAUGCGUGUAAAAUAAUCAGGGUGAUAGAAGAUGUAUUUUCAUGGCUGACAAUAGCGACUGUGGUUGAUAAUGAAAUUCUUGUUGUUCACGGUGGAGUCUCAGAUGUUACUGAUCUUAAUUAUGUGGAUAACAUUAACAGACAUAAGUACACGUCUGUAUUGAAACCUGAUUUCCUAGAAACCAAUCCUGGCAACAUUGAUUACGACGAGUGGAGACAAGUGCUGGAUCUGUUAUGGAGUGAUCCCUUAUCAAAACCUGGUUGUACUGUAAACUCGUAUCGUGGUGGCGGGUGCUAUUUUGGCCCAGAUGUAACAAAGAAAAUACUUGAACGACAUGGUCUGAAGCUAAUUGUAAGGUCACAUGAAUGCUGUCUUGAAGGACACGAGUCGAUACAUGGUGGCAAGGUGGUCACUGUAUUCUCCGCCUCAAACUACUAUGAGAAGGACAGCAACAAAGGAGCAUACAUGAAAAUUUUACCAAAUCUUAAACCGUAUUUUGUCGAGUACACUGGAAUGCAGUAUAUGAAAAAAAUUAACUUUGUUCAGAGAAUUAGCAGGGUUGAAGAAUCUGCACUUCGAGAGUUGAGAAAAUUGAUAUUUUCGUAUAAAGAAUCGCUUCUUAAAGGAUUUAAAAAGUACGACACUGAGCUAACAGGAUAUAUCACUAUCCUAGAAUGGACGAAUGUGAUGGAAGAGGUAUUACAAAUACAACUACCUUGGAACAUGAUACGUAAACAGAUCUCAGUUGGACUGAAAGAUGGAAAAGUUGAAUAUGAAACAUGCGUUGAUCGUUAUCAGAUUCAGGCCAUGUUUUCCAAGACAGGAAACUUCAUUGAAGCCUUGUAUCGACAUAGAAAUACAUUUGAAACGAUAUUCAGAAUCAUGGACAAGAACAAUUCAGGGAUGGUCUCACUAGACGAAUUUCAAAAAUGUUGUCGUAUUCUAUGUGAUCAUACAAAAUGCAUGUCAGAGAACGAUAUACAAGACUUAGCAAGAACUUUGGAUGUAAAUCAAGAUGGUUAUAUAGACUUUAAUGAAUUCCUAGAGGCAUUUCGUUUGAGUGAGAACACGUCCAUAAAAAGUUAGGCCUAUAAGCUU